AUGGACGCGGAAGAUACAUCCACCCGGAAGAGGAAUGGUCAUGGAGUCGCCGAAGAGAUCGAGAGCUUCCACGACAAUGAGAUUCGUACCGACGAAUUGGAAGUACCGAAGCUGAUUGUUAAUAACCGGGAAGAGUUCGAAGCAAAGUUUGUUCGAAAGCUGGACAUGAGGUUACUGCCCUUGAUGAUGUUGAUUUACGUCUUGAAUUACCUGGAUAGAAACAAUAUCGCAACUGCACGUCUUGGGACUUUGGAGAAAGAUCUUGGGCUCCAUGGCAAUCAAUACAAUACAAUCAUCAGUCUUUUUUUUGUCGGAUAUAUCUUGACUCAAAUUCCGACUAAUAUGAUUCUCAACAAGAUGAGACCAUCCUUAUUUCUGCCAGGUGUUAUGUGUUGCUGGGCCAUUGUCAGUAGCUGCACCGGCGCAGUGCAGGAUUAUCAAGGAUUGCUAGCCUUACGUUUUAUUCUUGGCUUCGUUGAAGCGCCAUUCUUCCCCGGUGCCUUGUUUCUCUUCUCUUCUUGGUAUACUAAGAAAGAGCUUGCUGCCCGCAUCUCUAUCCUCUACGUUGCUGCUCAGAUAUCUGGAGCCUUUGGUGGCCUUCUUGGUAGCGCCAUCAUGUCUGGAAUGGAUGGAAAGGCUGGACUACCAGCAUGGAGAUGGUUAUUUAUAAUAGAGGGGGCCGCGACAAUCCCAGUAGCUCUUUUGGCCAUGAUGACCUUACCAGACUACCCAGCAACUACCAAGUGGCUCACCGACGAGGAACGCAUACUGGCUAUCACUCGCCUAGCAGAGGAUGGAAAUGAGAGCGACCACGAUGAAACGAGCAACAGAUUCGAAGGUCUGAAACUUGCGUUCGGGGAUCCAGUCCUCUACAUCAUCUGGCUUAUGCAGCUGGGACUCAACACCUCCGCCUGCUUUACCAACUUCUUCCCGACCAUUGUCGCGACAUUGGGAUACGGUACUACAGAAACAUUGCUACUAUCUGCACCACCAUACAUCUUUGCCGCAAUUAUAAGUGUGAUCAAUUCUUUACAUAGCGAUCGAGUAAGCGAGCGCUGGCUUCACGUGGUGUGGCCCCAGAUAUUCAGCAGCAUUGGGUUCAUUAUUAGCGCCCUGACACUGAAUGUGGCAGCACGAUAUAUCUCCACUUUCAUGAUGAUGUCAAUUUACGCGUCGUUUGGGUGCAUUCUCUCUUGGGUAUCUACGUCUUUGCCGCGGCCUCGGUCUAAGCGCGCGGUCGCUUAUGCAGUUGUCAAUGCGGGAUCUAAUUUCGCGUCCAUAUACGCUAGCUACUUUUAUCCGUCUUCGCAGGGGCCGAGAUACUGGCAGGCAAACGUGGCGAACGUGGCUUUCUGCGGACUGUGUAUUCUGAUGGCUACCCUUUUGCAUUUUACGCUACGGCGGCGUAAUGGUCGUCUGGACAGGGCUGCAGAUGUAGAUAUUACGGAUGGGCGUGGUCCGAUUGAUCAGGGAUCAGAAUGUCAUCAUUUGGCGAUGCGGUGGAACUGUCAUCCAAAUUAUCGGUACACUACUUGA